GCUGGUAUUCCUGUCAGAUUGCUUAACGAGGCCCAGGGCCACGUGAUCUCGCUCGAGCUUACCACUGGUGAUACAUACCGAGGAAAGCUCUUGGAAAACGAAGAUAACAUGAAUUUGUCACUUUACGAUGUAGUGAUAACGAAAGGCAGAACGGGUGCUACUUCAUACAUGAACCAGGUGUUUGUGAGAGGGUCGAUGAUUCGCUUCAUCACUGUACCGGAUAUAUUGAAGAAUGCGCCUAUGUUCUUUAUGAAGCCAGGCGAUAAACCUAAACCUCCUGUGAGAGGACCU